GGUAGCAGUAGUGAAUUCGAGUGGUGCCCGAAAGUCGGGAUGGGAUGGAUGUAUUGGCCUGGUCGGAUGCCAUGAUUCCCCCCUCCAUAUGUCAAUCCAUUGUACGAGAUAUACCACCCUUCUCAUUGACCAAAACAUAUACAGUCACAUCAACAAACAUAUCUCCAAUCUACACAGCAUAUGCUGGGCAACCGUUGGGCAUAAAGCUGGACAUAAGGGCUCGUCAUCUCUUGGCCUCUAUUCAUGACAUUUCUUUGACACACCAUUCUCUGCAGUCCAGUCUCACCAGUUGUGAUCCCGUAUCCCGCAUCCAGCAUCCAGCAUCCCGUAUGGUACGAGAGGUUACGGGCGGCGAGACAUUCAAUAUUCAAUUGACGGUGACUGCUAGGUAGAAAGUGGGACGGCUAUCCACUCAGCACACUAUUUUAUCAAUAACCCCGCCAAAUUUAGAUCCGCAAGCAUCUAUGAAGUGCGAGUAUUGGUAACUUUCUUGGGUUACAUGAAUACACCACUGCUUCCACAAGGCUUUAUUGUUUGAGAGUAAAAGCGAAUUCACCACCUCAUUCUCGAUUGAUAUUCACUAGCCAAAGAAUCCGAGAAUUGCCUACACAGAGCAGUUGCGAAAUUUUCGAGUCGGAUAAGACAUCACGUAUCCUCGAACCCGAUCACAAAAGUCAAUCUUGACCUCGAAACUCGACCAUAAAACCUCGAACUCUUAUCAACAUCAACAUCAUCAACAUCCAUUUUACUGCACAAAAAUGUCUUCUAAUAGAAUGCGUCGUAUCGCCAAAGAGUUGAACGAUAUCGCAAACGAUCCUGGCGCUCAAAUAUUUUGUCAGGCAAGAGAUGGUAAUGAUAGCGAUCUGACCAGCCUUCGAGGUUCUUUUCCAGGCCCGCCAGACACACCCUACGAAGGAGGCACAUACCUUGUCGAUAUCAAGAUUCCCAAUGAAUAUCCAUUCAAACCUCCACACAUGAAUUUCUCGACCAAGGUCUGGCAUCCAAAUGUCAGCAGUCAGACUGGUGCCAUCUGUCUUGAUACCUUGUCCUCAGCCUGGUCUCCGGUUCUAACCAUCAAGUCCGCUCUCCUUUCCCUUCAAUCUCUCCUCAGCGAACCCGAGCCGAAGGAUCCUCAAGAUGCCGAGGUAGCCACUAUGUUGAUCAACCAUCCCAAGGAAUUUCGAGAGAAGGCACGCGACUGGGCAAUUCAUUAUGCCGGUGCCCCCAGGGUCACAAAAUGGUCUCAGGCUGCCGCUUCAAGCCCUUCAUAUCUUCCACCGGUCAAACAUCAAUCACAGGAGGAGAAGGCGCGACAGGAGAUGUUGAAGUAUCAAGGAUACAACAAGGCUCUAGUCGAUCGUUUCGUUUCCAUGGGGUUUGAUAUCGAAAAGGUAGUCGACGCAUUCAACUUCGUUCAUAUCGAUCGCCAUGGCGGGGAGGACUACGAAUUAGAGGAGGCUUACAUGGGUGAUAUCACCGCAAGACUUCUCGGAGAACCAUGACUCAUGAAUGAUCUUCGACAUACAAUGAAUGGUGGUUGGAUGAAUGAAUGAAUGAAUGAAUGGGCAAAUUAAAAGGAAUAUGAUGGGCGCACAAUUUUUCGAUCAAAUGAAGCAUAAUACCUUUGCGAUUCGAACGUACGACCGAGAUUCAAGGAAAGAAUUUCAAGCUCAUUAUCUUUCUGUAAAGGUAUACGGAAUUGCUAUAUUGCAAUUACAGUCAAGAAAUGCUGAAGGUAUGGAUGGGGAAUGGCAUCUCGGAAUUUGAGCCAUUUCUGGGAACAAAGCGUCAUUAGCAUAGGCGUUGGCAUGGAUAUGUAUCCACAUGGCGUUACCUAUAGCUUUUUAUUCAAUUGCACAUCAAACAUUUUUACAUCUUUUGCUUUGCAAUAUGUGAUUUGGAUGAAUGGAUUUGAAGACAAGGUAAUAAGAUGGCAAGCGAGUACAUAAGGAGUUGUUCAGUUUGGGCGCUCUGGCUUUGUAACCAUAUCGUGACAUUGACUUAUAAAUCAGUAUGUUUCGAUAUAUAUAUGGCAUUGACGGCUGUGUGAACGAAGUGAAUGACUUCAAUUCAAUUACCACUGUAAUACAGAAACUGUAAUAAAGCCCUAAGCGAAUGCGAAAGAGACUAGCUCUUUCUGUAAGCCCUUAUAAGGCUUACUACUUUCAAUACGUAGCUAGCUCUUUAGAUAGAACACAAUUAGAUAUACAGGACCUACGCA